AUGGGGGAGAUGCUUAUUGCGUUCAAAGAACAGCAAACUGAUCUAGAAGGCCAAUCCUUAAGACACCGAGAAAAGCGGCUUAGUUUAAAUUUGCCAUGCAGGUUCUCCCCGAUGUACCCCACAACUUCAGCCAGUGCCGAAGACAGCUAUGUGCCCAUGAGCCCCCAGGCUGUUGCCUCUGAUCUUGGACCUCACUGCAGCCCUGAUGACUACAUUCCGAUGAGCUCAGGAAGCUUCUCAAGCCGACUGCCUGACCUACCUGCAGACAUGGAGCCUCCCCCAGUAAAUAGAGAUCUGAAGCCUCAGAGGAAAUCACGGCCACCUCCCCUGGACCUGAGAAACCUCUCCACCAUCCGGGAACACUCAUCUCUAACCAGGACCCACACUGUGCCUUGCAAUCGAACCAGCUUUCUCUCUCCAGAAAGAAAUGGUAUUAAUUCUGCAAGCUUUUUUGCCAGUCCUGUUUCCAGAAAAGAGGAAGAAAGCUACCUCCGAACGGAAGAGCACCGUACAGCCAACUCCCUGGGCAGUGGUGCUCUUAUGCGGACAAAGAAAUUCAGCCUGGAUUAUUUGGCUCUGGAUUUCAAUUCAGUGUCACCAGCACCCGUACAGCAGAAAUUUCUUUCAGAAGACCAUAGAGUAGACUAUGUCCUAGUGGACGAGCAGAAGACGCAGGCUCUCCAGAGCACAAAGCAGGAGUGGACGGAUGAGAGGCAAUCCAAAGUGUGA